AUAAUUUUCAAAACUGACAUCUAACCUCACCUAACUGAUUUUAUAUUUGCGUACUGCGCUUUUGUUGUUUCCCUGCAUUUGUUAAAGCAUUUUAGUAACUGGUGUUUACCGGGAGAGUUCCCAAUAUGGAUAGAAAAACGGAAGUUCAGCUUUCCAAUCCACCAUCGGACGUUAUAUCUGCUGUGAAGUUUGGUCCUAAUUCGAGUCAAUUUUUGAUUGCAUCUUCAUGGGACUGCAGCGUUCGCCUCUAUGAUGUUGUAAACAAUUCAAUGCGCCAGAAGUAUAUGCAGGAUGCACCGAUUUUGGAUGUCGCAUUCCAGGAUGCUGUCCACACUGUCAGUGGCGGAAUGGACAAUCAGUUGAAGUUGCACGAUCUCAACACAAACGCCGAGAACACAAUAGGAUCUCACGACGAACCUGUGAGCUGCAUUGAGUACGCCUCAAAGGUAAAUGGCAUUAUUUCGGGUAGCUGGGACAAGACUGUUAGAUUAUGGGACGCUCGCGACAGACAAUGCGUUGGCUCGUACGAACAGACCAACGGUAAAGUCUACUCCAUGAGCGUAAACGAAGAGAAGUUGGUGGUUGCGACGUCAGAUCGGAAAGUCCUAAUUUGGGAUCUAAGGAAUAUGGCACAGUAUAUGAUGCGUCGGGAAAGCUCCCUCAAGUACCAGACACGCGCCAUCCGAAUCUUUCCGAACAAGGAAGGCUACGUAAUGAGCUCAAUCGAGGGACGUGUCGCUGUGGAAUAUUUCGAUCAAGAUCCCGAGGUUCAGAAGAAGAAAUUCGCAUUCAAAUGCCACAGGAAGAAAGAGAACAACAUGGAAUACAUUUACCCAGUGAAUGCGAUCAGCUUUCAUAAUAUAUACAAUACUUUCGCGACUGGAGGCUCCGACGGUUACGUGAAUAUUUGGGAUGGGUUCAAUAAGAAACGUCUAUGCCAAUUCCACCACUACGACACGUCGAUUGCGUCGCUUUCCUUCAGCAGCGAUGGAAGUACACUCGCCAUCGCCUGCUCAUACCUAGAUGAGUUUGAAAAACCUCCGCCGACACCCCACGAUCCAACUAUUUAUGUUAGAUACGUAAACGAACAAGAGACAAAGCCUAAAUAAAAAUGAGUCGCGAAUUUAACAUGUUAUUUUAGCUUAACGUAUUAUCCGAAAUAUAGACUUAAAUUUUAAAUGAAA